AUGGAUAUUCUGUGUCAGGGAUUUGGCUAUUCAACAGGGAUUGCGUUUACUGAGGAUGAGCUUGCUCCAGCAGUAGUCACCGAUAUGGUCAUAAAUUCAACUACUGAAGAACUAGUAAAUACAACUACUGAAGAACUAGUAAAUACAACUACCGAAAAACUAGUAAAUACUAUUACUGAAAAUCUAUUAAAUUAUGUUAAUAAUGAGCCAGUAGACAGUAUAAAUCCAAUAAUUAUUGAUGAACAACGUCCACAAAAUAAUGAAAUAUCACCAGAACAUAUCAAACCAUAUCCGAAUCCGAAAGCAGCAUUACAAGAUAAACUUAAAAAUAAAGGAGGUAGGAGAAAAGGAAAAAGUGCAAUACUUACUGAUACACCUGAAAAAUAG